AUGGCUUCCCAUCCUUUGCUCACAGCUUUCCGCGUGUCCAAGCCUGCUUUCGGCGCGUGGAUCACCCUCCCAGGCACGUUCAACGCACGCACGGCAGCCCUCGCCUCUCCGCACAUAUCGUGGCUUGUCAUCGAUUGCGAGCAUGGUAUGACUUCACUUCAACCAGGUGUGGGGGAGUCCAUCCAAGCGGUCGCUGGCUUAGGCGCCGCUGCGCCGAGCACUAUCGUUCGCAUCCCUGCGACAGGACCAUGCGCAGAUACCAGUGCAGCCUGGCAGAUUAAGUAUGUGCUCGACGCCGGUGCGCGUGGUGUGCUAGUUCCAAUGGUGUCUAAUCGUGCCCAGACGGCGUCUGUGGUUGCUGCCGCACGGUUCCCCCCUACUGGUAUCCGCGGGUUUGGGAGCCCAUUCACCCAAGCUGUCUGGGGCAUAAGUGCCAAGGAGCACCUCACCACCGCUAACGAGAGUAUACUCGUCCUCGUCCAGAUCGAGACGCGCGAGGGCGUGCAGAAUCUCGACGAGAUUCUAUCCGUCGAUGGUCUUGAUGGCGUCUUCAUCGGUCCAUAUGAUCUUUCACUGUCGUAUGGAUAUCCUGCGCCAUCGCCUGACCCUCAUCCCGAUGUGGAGGUGAUCAUCCAGGAGAUCCUCAUCAAAGCUCAUGCCAAGGGGAAGAAAUGCGCGUUCUUCUGCACAACGGGGAAGCAGUCUGCCAAGCGUGCUCAAGAGGGCUUCGAUAUGAUCAAUGUCAUCUCGGACGCUGGUGCCAUGACAGAAGGCCUCAAGCAGGCUUUUGCCAUCGCAGCUGGGGACGUUGCAGGGGAGCAGGCCUUCGGGUACUGA